GGGGAAGGCCUACCCUUCCGCGACGUGAGCCCGCGGGUCCACCAUUUCGCACUCCACCCGGCUCCGCAGCCGCUUCCGCGAAGGGCCACUGUGCGUGGCCAGGCGAGGUCCUGAGGCGCGCCCGCCUUCCGGGAGCCGGAGCGAACCAAGCACCGGAAGUCGCGACCCCUGCCCCGAAUCCGGCUGGUGGGAGAGGCUGCCUUUGAACCAAACGGCCUUCGCAGGCCGCCGUCCCGCCGUCCCGGGGCUCCUGGGGGCACUGGUUCCGACACCUGCCUGCGGUGCCCGAAGUGCAGCGGCGGCCGCGUCUCGGUCCCCAAGCCCCGGGCAACAUCGGCCCUCUGGGAGACGAUGCUUAAGGUCUAAGGAAAAACAUCUGACUUGUAAUUCAAGCUUGAGUUACCGACGACCGUCAAGAGGCAGACAUGCUGAACUCCACAGGUGAACUGGAGUUUUCGAAGGAAAACAGUACCGAGAUCUCCCAACUCGCUUCCCUGGCACUGUCACACGACGCAGCAUCCGGCGAAAACAAUUCCGCUGGUUUACCCGAAAAAACUGGCUAUCCGGACUCCGUUUACGUCAUGGCAGCGAACAUUUUUCAGGGUAUUCGAAUCGAAAAGUCACCAGAGAAAGUCUUAAUAAAAUAUGGGAGUGAACCCCUGCAGUCCUUGUCCGAGUGUGAGGAUGAAUCCGUUCAGCGUUCGUCCUAUGAGCUGGCUUUCAGUGCCCUGAAGUAUCAAGAUAUUUUGGAAACUAUAUUAAUAGAUAGCUAUAUUUUUCCAAGUACCACAAUACCAGAUCAUUUGAGCAGCCUUAUUAUUGUGAUGCUGUAUGAUUUCCAAGACAGAAAAUUUCAAGCUCGUCUCCUUUCUGAUAAUGAAGAAUCCAUAGCGGAAGUUCAAGAAGUAGAGAACCUUCUUAUCAGUUUUAAGACAAAAUUGGCUGCAGCAUUGGCAAGAUAUCGAAUCAAACAUGAUGCCCUUUCAAUUUACCACAUUCUUCCAGAAACAGUUAGGAACCAGGAACUAAGGGCCUCCACUUUGCCACUUUAUGCUUGGAUAAAUACUUGUAAAAUCAGCCCUGAAGAAGUUUAUCAUAGUUUGAAGAAAAAAGGCUAUCAUAAAGUCAAAUCUGUACCACAUAUUGGUGAUAAAGUCUUUGCUGUGGACCAGCAUUGCUAUGAUGUCUUAAUUUUUCCAUCUCAUCUUAAAAAUGACCUUCUAAAUAUAGAUCUUUUCAAAGAGUAUAAACUUAUAUUUCAGGACAAAUCUCGAAGUCUGGCUGUCCAUUCUAUAAAAGCUUUAUUAAACAUGGAUGAUGAUAUCUUAAUGGUCAAUACAGGUUCGUGGUACACAGUUGCCCAUAUGUCAGUCCUAACAAAUAAUAAUACCUCAAAAAUAUUUGUGUGUGGAGUACAAUCACAAGCUAAGGAUCCUAAACUGAUGAACCUUUUCACAAAAAUGGGAUGUAAAAAUGUUGAAAUACUUCCUGAGACAUUUAUUAACAUUGACUCAAAGGACCAUAGAUUACAGAAAGUUAAAGUGAUCCUGCUGCUCCCUCGUUGUUCAGGACUGGGUGUUAGUAAUCCAGUAGAAUUUAUUUUAAAUGAGCAUGAAGAUACAGGUUUACUUAAAGAUUUCUCUCAAGGAGGCACAUCAGAAGAUAAACUUCAUGUUCUUGCUCAACAGCAGUAUGAACAGCUAACACAUGCAAUGAAAUUUACUAAAGCUCAAGCAGUUGUUUACUGCACAUGUUCAGUUUAUCCAGAAGAAAAUGAAGCUGUUGUUAAGAAAGCACUGGAAUUUCAAGACCAUGGGAUUAAAGUACAACCUUACAGAUUUUAUUUCAGGCUUAGUCCUCCCGUCCUGCCACUGUGCUCCUUGAAGGAAAUACAUCUGUCUACUGAUAAAUUUUUCAGAAUGGAACCAUCCGAAAUUACCAAUGGUUGUUUUCUUUCUGUUCUAACAAGGGAGCGGGACCCAUCUGAGACAGUGUCUGUGAAAGAUGUUUUGGCCCGCGCUGCAGCAAAGGGUCUACUGGAUGGGAUUGAGUUGGCUAAAUCUUCAAAACGGGAGAAAAAGAAGAAAAAAUCAAAAAUAUCAUUCCCCAAAACUUCCACCACUGACAGUAACGGCAUCCAAAUGAAAAUUGCUGAGUUCCUGAAUCAAGAAACUAAUGCAAAUGCUAAUCAGUCAGAGACAUUAGCCAAAACAUCUCUUCAACAGAAAAAUGUAACUCAAGUGGGUUCUUCCACACAGGUCAGAAAAUCCAACAAGCCUGCCACCAAUCCUUUAGUGCCUACACUUACGAAGAACACAUCUUCCUCCAGACCGUAUGAACGGCCGACAAACUUCCUAAGACCUCGACCAGAAGACAAAAUGGUUGCUCUGAAACCUGUAGAGAUUGUUUUGCCUCCAGUAAUGUUGCCAUUUCCAAGUCCUCAAGGGACCAGAGCUCAGAUGCCAACUCAACAUUUUUACUGUCGUUGGGGUGCACCCAAGACUCUUGUGUCCGGCUACCUUCCCACACCAUCAUUAUCCAGGAGAGGGGAAAAGCCUAAAGAAAACUUAUCUUCCUCCCUGCCCAGGCGUUCUCGACCAUGGCUUUGACUGUCUUGUGUUUUUUACAGGGGUCAAGAGCAGUUGAUUUUGUUCAAAGUCUGCUAUUUCUCUGAAACUUAGACAUCCCUGCACAAGAUACUCAUCCUUUCGGUCACUUAGUAUCUUCUAAAUGUGAUAUUACCUUCAAGAGAAUUAAGACAGAUGAGAAUAAUGUAGGCGAUUAAGCAAAGCAGAAUUCAGAGAUUUCAACAGCUCAGUGCUGAUUGUUCUAGACUGUCCAGUUGUGGACUCAGUAUCAGCUGUUAGCUUUCAGUCUGGACUUAGGACACCAGUUUUAAAUGAAAGCUGCAACAGUUUUUCUGGAAGGGAAACACUAUCUGCCUUAGACCUCUUUUCAAACUUAAUGUGUGAGGCAAUAUAUCAGAAAGCAUAGAUAAGGAAAAGAUGAUGCUGGCCUUCUCUCACCGACUUUAGAUUGCUCUUCAGCGUCUAGUCAGUUGUGGUUUAAUAUUUUCAAUCACCAUCGAGGUUGGUUUUUUUCCCUUAAAUAUCGAAAUAUCCUUUAAACAGAUAGGAGUUUUUGUAAUGUGACUGAGCGUGAGUAGGAAGAACAGGAAGUUGCGGAGUUCCAGGUCGGGUAGUUCAGACGUCUGUUUACAGAGCGAAAACUGUUUCUCAUUGGAAGAGCAUCCAGGAAGGAUCCUGAGCAGACUGAAAAUAGCCAGCUCUCUUCUAUCUAUGACAAAGACUGAUGUAAAAAGUGACUGUAAGCAAAUUUCCAUCUAAACAGUAAUAACUCUGAGGAACAGGCAAAAGUGUUGAACACAAAUGAUUCCUAUUGUUGAAGAAACCUAUAAAAAUUUCCAAUUCUAGUCAAGAUCAGGUGAAACAGUAAAAUCUACAAGUCAUUUCAAAUGGCACACAGUAAUCUAACUUUGGCAAAUGAUUUCUGAUGCGCAAUUAAAAUAUAUUGUAACACUAUGUUAAUUAUAUUAAAAGUCACUUCAUCUUGAAUGUAUUAUCAGUUGCCUACCAAGAACUGGUAUGAUGAUCAUUUCUGGGUCUCUUGAUUUUUUUUUCAUCAUGGCAGCAGAAAUUGUUUGACAUUAAAUCAAAUAAGUUACAACUAUAAAUCCUAUUGUUUUUAAAAAAUGUCCACAGACACAUUCAUACAGUUUGAAUUUGAAGUUCCGUUUUCAGAAUCCAGUUGUGUUGAACACAUUAUGUAAAUUUCUCACGUUCAAUUCAGGUAGCAUGAUUUUAGUAAAAUAUUAUCCUCUUCAAAAUGAAUAUUUAGGUCUAUUUUAGCUCUAGUAUUUUAUUCUUUAUUUCCUCACCUGAAGUGAAAAUUUAAAAAUGAAUUUUAGUAGUAAUAAUUUUUUUUAAGCUUCAGAUUUUACAUUUAUCAGUAAAAUGUCAGUGAAGGAAACAAGACUUUUUAUACUUGAACCAGGCUUAUUAUAUUUUAAAUCCCAAAAGAAUUCUCAUGUUAAUUACGACUCUUAAAAAGUACAGAAAUGUUUUAAAUGCUCACCUUAUUUUACUCAUUUCAAAAAUCAAAAACUAUAUAUCUCUUUGCUCUAAAAAUUAUAUUGUUUCCUCUUACUCCCACUCUCUAGCUGGCUCAGAGUAGUCCAUGCCCCUAGGGGGCCAGAGCAGCUGAACUGAACUGUGUUUGGUGAAGAGCUGGUAUUUUAUCCCAGGAAUCGUUUCUCCCUUUCCUGUCCUCUUCCUCCUGCCUGAGGCUGAAAAGUAUUCCAUUGUCCAACAGUAGCAGGUCUGAGAUUUUUAUUUUCUGUGUAAGUUAUAAAAAGAAAACUCUCAUUGUUAGAAAUAGUUCAGCAUGUUUUUCUGAUCUCUAUAGCAGCAUGUGAUUCGUGUCAUGUCACAACUUCAGCCACUGAUUUUCAGUAUCAUAACAUGCAUCUUGUGGCUAAAUUAUUUUUCUCUUUAGAAGUGUAUGGAGAUUUUGAAUUAAACCAUUCAUUAAUUAA